CAGCGAUGUCUUGUAGCGCGUUGAAGGUGAAACUCGCCUGUCUCUCCACUGCAUCUAACCGGUGAGGUACCGAAGAACGACUCGCUCCUCUUCUCCUGCUCUGUACCGGGAUCCUUUAAAAUCAUGUCUAUAUUCGCCGAAGUACCUCAAGCCCCUCCGGUGGCCGUUUUUAAACUGACUGCCGAUUUCAGAGAGGACACUCACGCGCAGAAGGUGAAUUUGGGAGUCGGAGGUAAGAGAGAGAGAAGCUUCAACAAGCUAUGUUAACUUACGUUUAGCAUUUGCAACACAGACGGGUAAACUGGUUUGACCACUGGCACUAGUUUGAGUAGCAUGAUAUUAGAAUGCUUGCCAACUAAAAUGGCUUUGACCUUCGUUGUUAGCAUGCAGGCUAACAGAGUAGUCGAAGUUUGACAGCAAGUGCAACUAGACUGCCUCAUAUCAGCCAUAUUUUUCUGCUAAUACAGGGGCAGCUAGCUAGUAUCUAUCAUGAUUUACAUGUUAUGCUUUGCAGCAUAAAAGCAUUUAUAAAACGCUGCUCAUUCUGGAGUUUGACAUUUGGUGGACACUGGAAAGCAAUGUGAUCUCAUGAUUGAUUCUACGAAAAACCCGUGGUGUCCAUACAGAACAUGUCAGGCAGGCAGCAAUAGAAGCGUUUUGACUGUUGACUUUAGUUCGAGCUUGACGUGGGGUGACACACCUUCCAAAAGGUCUGUGGUCAUUCCAAAACAUUGUAGAUGAGGUCUGACUACCAUUGCCAUAGAAUUAGGAAUUGGAUAUCUAUGACCAGUGUUCUCUGUAGCUGAUAGAAAUAAAAUGAUUGCUGGAUGCAGUACAGAUAGUUAUGCAGGUGUUGGGUUUGGAAUAGAUCACUCUGCCUUCACUACUAGGUUAUAUUGUCAUCCCUUCCAUUUCAUUCAUGAGUCUUCCAAUGCCAAGCCUGUAGAGAAUACGGGAUUAUAUCUUCUCACUCACAGUUUCAACCUGUUCCCCAAACCAGCCUCUGUUAAAUUCACAAAGACAGACACAGACAGGUGAACAAUGGUUCUGACUAGACGGAGUACAGCAGGGAUCAUCAACUUUUAGAUUCUACAACGGGCUGAUUAUUUUUUCUUGAGCCGAUGGUCAGGGAAACAUAAUUACAAGUAAUUUGUAGACUGCAAAUUGACCACAAGAAGCCCAAACAUAUAUAAUAUUUGACUAAAACAUAAUCACAUUAUAUUUGCAUAUGAUCACGUAUCUCACUAUUGUGCAUGGGAAUACUUUGGAACAGAUUUCCAAAAUCUAAAUCACUUGGAGCUGAUUUACUGGUGUUUUUACAGUCCCCCUCCCCUUGCUCAGAAAACUUAAGGGGCCAAAUAAAAUAACCCUCGGGCUGAUAUUGGCCCACAGGUUAUUUUAUUUUGGUUAAGGUUAGGAAAAGGGUUAGGGUUAGCUAAAAUGCUCCCCUAACCUGCUAUGAAAAGUCACUUCAGGUCGUAGCUGUACUCCCUCGGUAGUAGCAACAACACCUAGAGCCAAGGGCCUCAUAACACAACACAGGACUCCUGGGAAAAUAUCCACUGGUUGUUGUUGGCAGUGAGGGACUGAUGCUAGUAGAAACAAGGUGUGUUGAGGAACUGUAAAAAAAAAAAAAUUAGUUUGGACUUGGCUUGUUCAAGUGUGACCUUGGUAAAUCAAUAUUUGGUAUAUUAAGGAACUGUAGGAAGGAAAAAAACAACAAAGAAAUGUAGCUUCUAACGAGCUAGCCUACAUGUCCGUAGUUUCCCUUAGAUUAGACCAGGGCCUGGUGGAGGCUAGGCCAGCUAGGCUAGCUAUUUGUUGUGAACUUUGGUAACUGAAUAUGAACGGCUGUAAUUUGAUGCUCAAUGGUAGAGCGGACUAGCCUGGACUGGAAAAGGACAGAAAUUGGAAGGCUUUCCUUAGAGAGGGAAAUUUAGCUCCUCAGAAGUCACACCCACAGCCGUGUGCCCACACACACACACCACACACACACACACACACACUUAGUCUUCAGGCCAGGGUGACCUCCAGCAGAGCUGGGUGUGAUAGCAGUAACAUGAAAUACAGUCUUCUACACACUGCAUGAAGUAAACAUACUGCUGCACUAUGGCUGUGUGGCAGCCUGGUAGUGGUCAUUAUGAAAGGUUGUUUUGGUGUCAACCAUCACCCUAUUAAGUAUGAUGGUAUGACCUAGUGAAUGACCUGCAGAGAGCUGGGACCAAAAUAACAAAGCCUACCAUCAGUAACACACUACGCUGCCAGGGACUCAAAUCCUGCAGUGCCAGACGUGUCCCCCUGCUUAAGCCAGUACAUGUCCAGGCCCGUCUGAAGUUUGCUAGAGUGCAUUUGGAUGAUCCAGAAGAGGAUUGGGAGAAUGUCAUAUGGUCAGAUGAAACCAAAAUAGAACUUUUUGGUACUUUUUGGUAAAAACUCAACUCAUUUACAUUUUACAUUUACAUUUACAUUUUAGUCAUUUAGCAGACGCUCUUAUCCAGAGCGACUUACAGUUAGUGAAUACAUAUUUUUUUAUACUGGCCCCCCGUGGGAAUCGAACCCACAACCCUGGCGUUGCAAACGCCAUGCUCUAUCAACUGAGCUACAUCCCGGCCGGCCAUUCCCUACCCUACCCUGGACGACGCUGGGCCAAUUGUGCGCCGCCCAUGAGUCUCCCGGUCGCGGCCGGCUGCGACAGAGCCUGGAUUCGAACCAGGAUCUCUAGUGACACAGUUAGCACUGCGAUGCAGUGCCUUAGACCACUGCGCCACAACUCGUCGCUGAGUUGCCUCCAAAGAACACCAUACCUACUGUGAAGCAUGGGGGUGGAAACAUCAUGCUUUGGGGCUGUUUUUCUGCAAAGGGACCAGGACGACUGAUCCGUGUAAAGGAAAGAAUGAAUGGGGCCAUGUAUCGUGAGAUUUUGAGUGAAAACCUCCUUCCAUCAGCAAGGGCAUUGAAGAUGAAACGUGGCUGGGUCUUUCAGCAUGACAAUGAUCCCAAACACACCGCCCGGGCAACGAAGGAGUGGCUUCGUAAGAAGCAUUUCAAGGUCCUGGAGUGGCCUAGCCAGUCUCCAGAUCUCAACCCCAUAGAAAAUCUUUGGAGGGAGUUGAAAGUCUGUGUUGCCCAGCGACAGCCCCAAAACAUCACUGCUCUAGAGGAGAUCUGCAUGGAGGAAUGGGCCAAAAUACCAGCAACAGUGUGUGAAAACCUUGUGAAGACUUACAGAAAACGUUUGACCUGUGUCAUUGCCAACAAAGGGUAUAUAACAAAGUAUUGAGAAACUUUUGUUAUUGACCAAAUACUUAUUUUCCACCAUAAUUUGCAAAUAAAUUCAUAAAAAAUCCUAAAAUGUGAUUUUCUGGAUUUUUUUUCUCAUUUUGUCUGUCAUAGUUGACGUGUACCUAUGAUGAAAAUUACAGGCCUCUCUCAUCUUUUUAAGUGGGAGAACUUGCGCAAUUGGUGGCUGACUAAAUAAAAAUUUUCCCCACUGUACUUGUUUGUGUCUCCCAAGCCUACAGGAAAUGACUGCCGGGUGCCUGCUAUUGGUCCUUCCCAGACAGGCAUGCAGACAGACAGGCAGGCAUGCAGUCAGACAGACAGUGAGACAGGCAGGCUGACAGACAGACAUGUACAGUAUGUAUAUAAACUCUCUCUCUCCUCAGCCAGAUGACUGUCUACCAUGGGUCCUGCCUAGAUAGACAGUUAGAUACAGUAUAUAAUGUCUUCUCUCCCCCUCUCUCCUCAGCCUACCGUACAGAUGACUGUCUACCAUGGGUCCUGCCCGUAGUGAAGAAGGUAGAGAAGAUGAUAGUGGAGGACAACAGUCUGAACCACGAGUAUCUUCCCAUCCUGGGUCUCCCUGAACUCCGCUCUGCUGCCUCCAAGGUGGCCCUGGGAGAUGACAGCCCCGCCAUCAAGGACGGGAGGGUAGGUAGGAGGGCAGGGAGGGGGGAGGGGAGGGAGGGUAGGUGGGAGGAGGGUAGGAGGGAGGUGAGGGUGGCGGUGGGUUACGUAGGUAGGAGGAGGGAGGAGGAGGGAGGGAGGUGGGUGGGUGGGAGGGAGGGUAGGGGCGGGUGGGAGGGAGGGUGGGUGGGUGGGUGGGUGGGUGGGUAGGAGGGAGGGAGGGUAGGUAGGAGGGAGGGAGGGAGGGAGGGAGGGAGGGUAGGUAGGAGGGAGGGAGGGUAGGUAGGAGGGAGGGAGGGACACAUGUACAUACAUAAACACAUACUGGAGUUGGGCGGAAUUGAAUUGAGAAUGCCUCAUAAAUUCCCAUUAAAUUCUAGAACUUGAAUUGAAGUCGUAAACAGAAUACAGAAUUGCAAUUUGAAUUAAAGGAAAUAGAAUUGAGUGAAAUUCAAUGAAUUUCAAAUGUCUCUAAUAUUCUAUAUUAGGUGUAGUCUAUACAAGUAUACAUCUUGUACAUAAAACAUGUCAUUAUAUUCAUGCAUAUAAAACAAUUGAUUUUGAGGAUAAAAUCUUAAAAUGUAUGAUCAAGGAAAACAAAACCUGUAUGCGAAUAUUCUAGAUUGUUAUAUUUUAUUAAUCACUUUUGUUAAAUAUGGGGGAAAUACAACAUUUCCCAGCAUUAGUUCAACCCUCAAGUUGACCCUGAGGCCUUCAAAAAGAAGCCAAACAAAUGAAAUGGUUGGUGGAAAUACAAUUGGCAAUUGUAAGCACUAAGGUUAAAAGAGUAUAUGAACAUUGUUUCCAGAGAAAAGUGAUAUAUUCUUUGAUAUCUGGAAGUGUGACCUGUCAGAUUCAAUAUAACUCAUGUUCCAUAACUCAGUCGAAUUUCUUUGAAUUGCACUGAAUUAAAUUCUACUUCCCGUAACUCAAAUUCUACGUCCUGUGGGGUUGGAGUCAAUUCCAAAAUUCUGAAUUGAGCCACACGCACAUUCUGGGGGAUGAGUGGUAGAACUGGGACACACACACACACACACACACACACACACACACACACACACACACACACACACACACACACACACUCUUCUGCCUUGCCCUGCCAAGAUGUUGACAUUCUCUCUCUCUUUCUAGGUGGGAGCGGUCCAGGCGUUGGGAGGUACCGGUGCGUUGAGGAUCGGGGCAGAGUUUCUGAGGCGCUGGUACAACGGCACCAACAACACGGCCACGCCCGUCUACGUCUCCGCGCCAACCUGGGGUUAGUGGGCGGAGCUACAACCAACUCAUUUGCAUUUCAUUUCAUUUAUUUAGCCAGGAUAAUCCACUCGGUAACACUUACCACUGUUUUCCAGGGAGUCUUGGGUUCCAUAGAAUCAAUACAAACAUACACAUCACAUCAGAACUGUUUAGAUACCGACAGUCUACACAGUAGCAGACAUACAGAGCACACUCAUAAUCUACUUCUAUCAAUUCUAAUUCUAUUGAGUCAUGAUCCCACUAAGAGCACAACGUACUGAACAAAUACCUUCUUCUUCUUCUUCUUCUUCUCUCUCCUAUAGAGAACCACAAUGCAGUGUUUUCUGAUGCUGGGUUUAAAGAUAUCCGCCCCUACCACUACUGGGACGGAGCAAAGAAAGGCCUGGAUGUGACUGGUAUAAUGGACGACCUGGAGGUGAGAGAAGGAUGGAUGGAUGGAUGGAUGGAGGGGAGGGAGUGAUGGGUAGUGAAGGAGGGAGAGCGAGGGACUUGAGUUAGAGCGACAUCAUGCAUGAUUUAGGCUACAACAAGCUGUGAAUGAUCGUCACGUCUUGCAUUAGUGUUUUGUUUAGAGAUGGGCGCGAUUCAAGAUUUGUAUUUCUUUACUAAUAAUCGAAUAGAAGUACUCAAUGUACCAAUGCAACUAUUUAGCAGGUUUACAUUUCUAAGCACUGACAAAAUGUCUGACUCUAAGAUGUGCAUAUUGUUGGGAGAAUGUCAAGUACAGUGAACAUAUGUUCAGUUUUGUUUUCAGUUGUAUAUCAGAACAACCAGUAAUCUGAACAACAGAUAACAUACUGCAAACCUUUUUACCUUCAGCCCCGUUUCACCCUAACAUUUCACUACUCAAAAUCAUGUGUGUAUGUUAUUUUUUCAGAACGCUCCAGAACACUCUAUCUUUGUGCUCCAUGCCUGCGCACACAACCCCACAGGGACCGACCCAACACCUGACGAAUGGAAGACUAUCGCUGAGGUCAUGAAGGUGAGACAGGGGAGACGGCAGGGAUGUAUUCACUAGGAACCAACCGGGUAGCGACCUACCUGAAUGUGUUCAAUAGAAACUCUAGUUUUCAUUGCAAAAUGUUUUCCGUUUGGAGUAAACGGUUUCUGUUGCAAAACGUUUUGCUACAGUCUGCGACUAAUGAAUACACCCCAGGGGAACGGACGUCUCAUAAUCCCAACCAUUAUCCAUCUGGCUCAUUUAUAUUUUGGGGUAACUUUGUUUUUCCUUUCUUCCCUUUCAAUUCAAUUCUCCCUCUGCCCCCUCCCUUCUCUCUCUGUCCCACCCCUCCCUUCUCCCUCCCCCCUCCUCUCCCUCCCCUCCUCCCCUCCCUUCUCCCUCCAGAGGAGGAAGCUGUUUGUGUUCUUUGACUCAGCCUACCAGGGCUUUGCAUCAGGCAGUCUGGAUAAAGAUGCCUGGGCCAUCCGCUACUUUGUCUCUGAAGGAUUUGAGCUGCUCUGUGCCCAGUCCUUCUCCAAGAACUUUGGCCUCUACAGUGAGUAUAUAUGCAUACAGAUAGACACACACACACGCGUAUAUCAUUGUCCUCUGUAGCUCAGUUGGUAGAGCAUGGUGCUCGUAACGCCAGGGUAGUGGGUUCGAUUCCUGGGACCACCCAUACGUAAAAUGGAUAAAAGCGUCUGUUAAAUGGCAUAUAUUAUAUAUAGACAUGGACACCAACAUGUAGCACACCAGUGGAGGGAAAAGUACCCAAUUGUCCUACUUAAGUAAAAGUAAAGAUACCUUAAUAAGAAAUGACUCAAGUGAAAGUCACCCAAUAAAAUACUACUUGAGUAAAAGUCUAAAAGUAUUGGGUUUUAAAUAUACUUAAGUAUCAAAAGUAAAUGUAAUUGCUAAAAUGUAGUUAAGUAUCAAAAGUAAAUAAUUUCAAAUGUCUUAUAUUAAGCAAACCAGACGGCACAAUUUUCUUGUUUUUGAAAUGUACAGAUAGCCAGGGGCACACUCCAACACUCAGACAUAAUUUACAAACAAAGCAUCUGUGUUUAGUGAGUUCGCCAGAACAGAGGCAGUAGGGAUGACCAGGGAUGUUCUCUUCAUAAGUGUGUGAAAUAGACAAUUUUCCUGUCCUGCUAAGCACUCAAAAUGUAACGAGUACUUUUGAGUGUCAGGGAAAAUGUAUGGAGUAAAAAGUACAUGAUUUUCUUUAGGAAUGUAGUGAAGUAAAAGUUGUCAAAAAUAUAAAUAGUAAAGUACAGAUACCCCAAAAAACGACUUAAGUAGCACUUUAAAGUAUUUUUACAGUCCACUGCUGUGGUCCAAUGGCCACAUUUCAGAGCUUUUGCUUACAUUUUUACUCUGUCUCAUAAACUCGCACCCACUCAAACACACUCUCUGUGAAGCUAAUCCUCCAUUUUGUUCCUUCCUCCUCCAGAUGAGCGUGUUGGUAACCUGACAGUAGUUGCCCAGGAUAAAGACAACCUGACCCGUGUUCUGUCUCAGAUGGAGAAGAUCGUCAGGACCACCUGGUCCAACCCUCCCUCCCAGGGGGCGCGCAUCGUAGCCAUCACACUCAACAACCCCGAUCUAUUCAUAGAAUGGUACUGUCAAAAAUAUAACCCUUUAUACUCAACAACCCAGUUCUCUUCACAGAAUGGUAAAGUCCAACAACACUCCUAUUUAGAAUCCCUUCUAAGUUAACCCUGAGGAAUUCACUGAAUGGUACGCUCCAAGUUUUGAAAACUGCUCCAUUGUUGUACAUUAAAAACGGUGCUUACUUAUUGGGGAUUGUUGUAAGCCACGUUCUGUUGGUGGCAGAUUUUUUAAGACUGACGUUCCCAUUCCAAUCAUUGAUAUACAGUGUUGAAGCUGUCCCUCUCCCUGUGGGCUGUAGGAAGGGUAAUGUCCUGUUGAUGAGACCAGCUGAAGGCUAAACUAACUAACUCUCUCCUCUCCUCUCCUCUCCUCUCCUCUCCUCUCCUCUCCCUCCCUCCUCUCCUCUCCUCUCCUCUCCUCUCCUCUCCUCUCCUCUCCUCUCCUCUCCUCUCCUCUCCUCUCCUCUCCUCUCCUCUCCUCUCCUCUCCUCUCCCUCCUCUCUCUCCUCUCUUCUCUCCCCUCUCUCUCCUUUCUUUCUUCUGUAGGAAGGAUAACGUGAAGACCAUGGCUGUCACGGCCUCUUGAUGAGACCAGCUGAAGGCUAAACUAACUCUCCCUUUCUUUCUCUCAAAUGUUUUCUCUCGCUCUCCCCCCAUCCUUCCUUCCUGUAGGAAGGGUAAUGUAAAGACCAUGGCUGACCGUGUAUUGUUGAUGAGAGACCAGUUGAAGGCUAAGCUCAUUGCUCUGGGGACGCCUGGCACCUGGGACCACAUCACACAGCAGAUCGGCAUGUUCAGCUUCACCGGACUCAACCGUAAGUGUUUACCAGACACACAGACAUGUACGCAGGCACACCGGAGCAGACCGGAAAAAUCUGUGCACGUGUAAUUAUACUUUUUUUGACCGGGUGCUUUUUUGCUAAAAUAUGAACCGAUGCCCGGGCAUUAUAAGAGACUGCGUUUAAUGGAAGUUUUCCGGUAAGUUACGGUAACAUGCACACACAGAAUCUCACACACGGAUACAAUUCUACAACUUACAUAUUUUCCCUCCCUCUCUACAGGUAAGCAGAUAGAUUACAUGAUCAACAGUUGACUGUCAUUUUAAUAACAUAUUCUCUCUCUCUCUGUCCCUCCCUCCCUCCCUCCCUACCUACAGCUAAGCAGGUGGAGUACAUGAUAAAGGAGAAGCACGUGUACCUGAUGGCCAGCGGUCGUAUCAACAUGUGUGGCCUCACCUCCAAGAACAUCGACUAUGUCGCAGAGUCCAUCCAUGAGACAGUCUCCAAGGUCCAGUAAGGCCCUGCCCUCCACGUGCAGUUACUUCCUGCUUCCUGUUCACAACAGGAAGUACUGUCAACUGUCACGCGUGUUCUCGUCAAGCACCCCGUCUGUGACACACAUCCUUUCUCUAUAAGCAGUGCUCUAGCCAUCUAUUGGUUGUAAAAUGUAGAAGAGUGAUGAUAUGACACAUGUUAACAACAAUCAAUGGUAUAUGAUCAACGGUAUAACUGGUGUGUCCACCUUCUCUCUUCCUCAGAUUACUGAGCCAUCUUUUAAACAAAAUUAAGGCAGACCUCUAGUUGAAGUAUUUCACUAUCCUGACGACCGUUAUGUUGCCUUUUUAUUUAUUUUAUUGUGCCAUUUCCGGUUUUCCGGUUUUGAAAAUGUGUAAAAGAUGACUUUGUGUGCACUUUGGUUUUUAAAAUGUUUCAGAGCACUUGAAAGUGAAGCAAUGCCAGAAGUUGAGUGAAAGUCGCUCUGGAUAAGAGCAUCUGCUAAAUGACUAAAAUGUAAAAUGAUUUGUGUGAUCCUGUGUUCUACAUACAUCGACAUACCACAAUGCUUCUGAAGGUGUUUUAUGUAGAACUGGUUCCAAAGAACAAUCGCAACAUU